CAAACAUGUUUAUUAAUAUUAUUUUUAAAUUAUUUAUAGUUGUUUAAAGAAUAAAUUUUAAAAUAAUUUUAAAAUAAUUUACAGAAUUUUAUAAAUUAUUAAUAAAAUUAAAUUUACUUUAUAUUGAAUAUUUGUUGAUAUUUCAUGGCGGAAAGACAAUCAACCUUAUGGGAAGGAAAAAAUUCAGAAUCUUCAACAAGCUUUGGAAGAUGUACAAACAGAUAACAAUAGAUCCCAAGAGGAUAUUAUUGAGAUUUCCAGGAAAUUACAGGAGGCCUAUAAGGAUGAGGAGGAGUAUUGGCAUCAGAAAAGUCGAAAUAUGUGGUACUCAUCCGGGGAUUUGAAUACUAAGUUUUAUCAUGCUUUAACAAAACAACGGCGUAUCCGAAAUAAAAUAGUGGGCCUCUAUGAUGAUGCGGGUAAUUGGAUCACAGAUGAGAACGGUGUUGAGAAGGUGGCGGUAGAUUAUUUUGAUGGUUUGUUUAAUUCUACUAAUCCUACGGAGUUUGAUAGUUUCUUGGAGGAGAUAGGACCAUCAAUUUCUCCUCAGAUGAAUCAAAGGCUAUUGAAGUUAGCAACAGAGGAAGAAGUGAGACAAGCUUUAUUUAUGAUGCAUCCGGAGAAAGCGCCAGGUCCGGAUGGAAUGACAGCUCUUUUUUUUCAGCGUUCCUGGCAUGUUAUUAAAAAAGAUGUGGUCGAGCUGGUGAAUAAUUUUUUGAGAUCAGGUGAUUUGGAUCCAAGGCUGAAUAUAACUAAUAUUUGUAUGAUACCAAAAGUGGAGAGACCGACAAGGAUGACGGAACUGAGACCAAUAAGUCUUUGUAAUGUGGGCUAUAAAAUAAUUUCGAAGGUUUUGUGUCAAAGGCUGAAAAGUUGUCUUCCCAGACUAAUCUCAGAGACACAAUCGGCUUUUGUGGCAGGAAGGUUAAUUUCAGAUAAUAUUCUUAUCGCGCAGGAAAUGUUUCAUGGUUUGAGAGCCAAUAAGUCUUGUCAAAAUAAGUUUAUGGCAAUAAAAACAGAUAUGAGUAAGGCAUAUGAUCGGAUAGAGUGGAAUUUUAUUGCGGCUCUCCUUCAAAAAAUGGGUUUUGAUCCUCAUUGGAUUAAAUUAAUGCGAGAGUGUGUCUCUUCGGUUCAAUAUAGGGUGCUUCUCAAUGGGCAGCCACGAGGUGUAAUUAUUCCCCAGCGUGGAUUACGUCAAGGAGAUCCUUUAUCCCCUUACUUAUUUAUUAUGUGUACGGAGGCGUUAAUUUCAAAUAUUAAAAAGGCGGAGCGGAUGAAACAAUUAACCGGUAUGAAAGUGGCAAGAGCUUGCCCUGCAAUCUCUCAUUUGUUAUUCGCAGAUGAUAGUUUGUUCUUUUGUAAGGCAAACAUGGAAGAGUGUCAAACUAUACUCAGGAUUCUAAAGGAAUAUGAGACCGUCUCUGGACAACAAAUUAAUUUCCAGAAAUCCUCAAUUCAAUUUGGACAUAAGAUUGAUGAAGAUAGUCGUCAAGAAUUGAGGGAUAUCUUAGGAAUUCAGAAUUUAGGUGGAAUGGGAUCUUAUUUAGGCCUGCCCGAAAGCCUAGGAGGUUCUAAGGUACAAGUGUUUGGAUUCGUACAAGAACGGUUAAAUAAUAGGGUUAAUGGAUGGAGUUUUAGAUUUUUUACUAAGGGCGGCAAGGAGGUGAUUAUUAAAUCGGUGAUUACGGCUCUGCCAAACCAUGUGAUGUCUGUAUAUCGGUUACCGAAAACGACUGUGAAGAAGCUAACGGGUGCUGUUGCGCAGUUUUGGUGGAGUCCAGGAGGUAGUACAAGAGGUAUGCAUUGGAAAUCAUGGGAUAAAUUGUGUGUCCAUAAAGAUAAUGGUGGGUUAGGUUUUAAGGACUUGACUGAUUUUAAUACGGCCAUGCUUGGGAAGCAACUGUGGCGGCUGCUCGAGAAGCCAAAUUCUCUUUUUUCUCGAGUUUUUAAAGGACGGUAUUACAGGAAUGCUUCACCCCUGGAUCCGAUUCGCUCAUAUUCCCCGUCAUAUGGCUGGAGGAGUAUUACUUCUGCUAGAUCUCUGGUUUGUAAAGGACUAAUUAAAAGGGUGGGAACAGGAUCAUCUAGGAAUGAUCCAUGGCUCCCAUCCACUCGCCCGAGACCAGCUAACAAAAACCUUCAUAAUAGUUACCCGGAGCUCACAGUGGAUUCUCUCAUUAAUUCGGAAUCCCGCACAUGGAAUUUACAGGCAAUUAGGGAUUUGGUGGAUCCACACGAUGCAAAAAUAAUCGAAAGUAUACCAUUGUGUAGAAAUCGGAUGGAAGAUAGGAAUGGAUGGCAUUUCACCAAGAAUGGGAAAUAUACAGUACAAUCAGGGUACCAAGUGGAAAGGAUUUAUCCUGAUAAGGAAAAGCCACCAGAAUUUUAUGGGCCCAAUGUUGAUAUACUUAAAGCUUUCUGCUGGAAAGUGAGGUGUCCUCCAAAGUUUAAGCAUUUUUUAUGGCAGUUGAUAUCAGGAUGUAUGGCGGUAACGAAAAAUCUAAGGGCAAGAGGAAUACAAGGAGAUACGUGCUGUGCACGGUGUGGUGAUCCUGAAGAAUCAAUAAACCAUGUGUUUUUUGAAUGUCCCCCAGCUCGUCAAGUCUGGGCACUAUCUAAAAUUCCAUCAAAUCCGAAUAUUUUUCCUAUUGGCUCUCUUUUUGCUAAUAUGGACCAUCUAUUUUGGAGAGUUAAUCCAAAGAUGGAGGAUCAUCAGUUUGCAUGGAUACUAUGGUACAUUUGGAAGGGUCGAAACAAUAAAGUAUUCAGUAAUCUUGAUAUUGAUCCCAGGGAAACACUUCGAUUAGCAGAAGUAGAAUCAACACUUUGGGCUGAGGCACAGGUUAGUAACAACAGGUGUGCACAAGAAGUACAAGUUAGGCCUAACGUAGGAACCACAGGAAGAUGGUGUUUCACAGAUGGUUCUUGGAAAGAUAACGACCUAUUUUCAGGACAAGGUUGGCUCAGUACAUUAUCAGGGUUUGAUGGUUUACUAGGAGCAAGGAAUGUAAGGGCUUGUCUUUCACCGCUUCAUUCGGAGAUGGAGGCAUUAAUUUGGGCAAUGGAAUGCAUGAGAAACUUAAGACAGUUUCAGGUUACGUUUGCAACGGAUUGUUCUCAAUUGGUGAAGAUGGUUUCGGAACCAGAAGAAUGGCCAGCAUUUGAAAGCUACCUGGAAGAUAUUAAGCUGUUGAGAAGAAGUUUCGUCAACUCAGAUAUUGUUCAUGUACCUAGGACGGAGAAUACAAGAGCGGAUAGUUUGGCACGUAGUGCUCGGCAACAACCGUCUUUCGUCGUACACAUGGAUUCAGAGUUACCACUUUGGUUUACAGGGUCUAUAUGAGUCUGUAAUCUUUUUGCUGUCAAAAAAAAAAAAAAGAAUAUUUGUUUAUUGUUAAAUAUUUUUUAGAAUUUCUUUUUGAUUUAUUUUUUCCAUCGACACUACUAAAAAAAAAGCCCUCUAAAUACUUACCUUAUUUUGUAAUUUCGAUAUAUCAUUUAAUUCAUCGAUCCCACUAUAAUAGGAAAGUACCAGUGAAUACAAAUUGCAAGGAAAAACAUAAUUUAAUGACCAAUUAACAUCACUUUCCUAAUGACUUACAUAAUAUUAUUAAUAACUAUUUAUGGUAACUAAUUGUCGAAAGUAUGGUAUAUAAAUCCAUUUUAUUAAUUAAAAUAAAUAUUUUGGAUUCCAAAUGACUUACAUAAUAUUAUUAAUAACUAUUUAUGGUAAUUAAUUGUCGAAAGUAUGGUAUAUAAAGUCAUUUUAUCAAUUCAAGUAAAUAUUUUGGUUUAUUAUUUUAUGUAAUCUAUAGAUAUAUUAGAAUAUAAAGUCAUUUUAUCAAAUCAAAUAAUUUAUUUUAAUUCAUCGAUCCCCUGUAAAAGGAAAGUAAUAUUGAAUACUGAUUGAAAAUGAAAAAAUAAUUUAAUCCCUCUAUUAACAUUACUUUCACAACAAUAUUAGUUAAUACAUGUAAUAAUUAGUUUACUUAUUAUAAAUGGAAAGAAUUCUCUUGAUUUUGUUGAUUGAUUUUUUAGAAUUUCUUUUUUGAUUUAUUUUAAUCAUCGACACUACUAAAAAUGAAAUCACUUUAAUACUUAACUUUUGUGUUUUCUCGAUUCAAAGAACAUCUUUUUGCGAUCAUUUCUCUGUUUAAUUCAUUAAAUACUCACUAAAUAUUUUAGAUGUUAGAGAAACGAAAUUAAUUGACAAGAUAUUUUCUCUCCUAAAAUCAUGCAUUUAAAACUUAAUAUUUAUGGUGAGACUUGUCAACCAAAAUUCUGGUGCAAUCUAUUCACGAGAUGUUCUCCUUUAGCUUUAUUAACAAGAUAUUCCAAAAAUAAUAUUACCUUAUAAGUAUAAGUUUUAUUGAGAAUUUAUUAAAGAAUAUUCUACUUCUUAGCUUAUCAUGUAAGCUAAAUCAAUGAGAAACGUCUACCAACUUACAAUAAAUAAGACAUUCACAGUAGAAGAAACGAAAUAAUUGAACUUUGUAUUCUGAACUUUUAAUGUUAAUAAUGUUCUGAACUUUUUUUUCUUCUUAUUUUAGAACAUUAAGCUUUUAUAUUUCAUGAGAGCUGAAUUUUCUUUUGGUUUAUAUGCAGAUACCCUAUUAUGACGAUUUCUCCACUGAAGCUAUAUAUGAUUUGAUUGUACACCUCUUUGAUAUAUCAUUUCGAUAACAUCUUUGUUCUUCAAUCUGGUAAAAACAUUUUUACUCAAUUUGAUAACAUCUCUCAGCUAAAUCAUUUCAAUAGCAUCUUUUUGUGCUGCGAAUAUUUUUUUUUUUUUGAUUUUUAGAUUUAUAUUAUUGUUUAGAAUUAUAAGCUUAUAUAUACACAUAUUUGUUUUUUGGUUUGCUGAUUGUGGUUUUGUUUUAUAUUUUUUCAGAGAUGAUUUGAGAGAAGUUGUCAUUUUCCAGACCUCUAAGAGUUCACCAUUCCGAUCUUGCAAAAGAUGUGCACUUAGAAUGGUAUUUUCUCUACUGUACAUCAAAAUUGGAUAAUCAAUUAUAUUUUUAAAAUAUCUAUAGUAGGAUGGUAUUUUCUCUACUGAAAUAAUAUCUUAUUUCCUAAUCUCAUACUUUAAUAUUUAAACUUUAAGGACAAGAUUUGUUAAUUAAAUCAUUAGUGUAAACUACUCCCGAGAUAUUAUCUUUUUUAUAUUUAAAAUGUAAUUUUAGUAACAAUAUAUUCCAUAAAUCAUCCUAACUUAUAGGUAGAUACAUUUUUAAAAUUAACUAGAUUUUGACCCGCCCUUUUUAUGUCCUUUUCAAAUUCUAUAAAUUCUAAAAUUUUAAGUUCUGUUAUGUCAUAGCUAAUCUUCUCAACGGCUACACAAAGCCAUGCCUAAAAGUCAUUCUUCUCAUGCCUUAUUUUGGGGUCACAAAUUUUUAAAAAUUAUAGUUUAAUGGUUUAGACUUUUUGUUGUAAAAAACACUUCGAGGAGAGUUCAACUAAUUCACUUUCUGAACUUAACUAUUUUAUCUAUAUGAUAUAAGCAUAUUUAUAUUAUAAAUUUAUUUUUAACAGUUUUAGAUUUGUGUAUUUGGUAAAAAUGAUAUAUAUAUAUAAGUUAUAUAUAGUUAUAAAUAAGUUUAUUUUUGAAACUUGCCUUUAAGUCCUAAAAUCAUUCUCAUGGCACUGCGGCUAGGUCUCAUGUCUUCCGUAGGAGUGACGGUGAAUGUUGCUUCGAUCUUCUUGAAGAAGUCCGAGAUGUGAUUCCAAAAUAUGCUCAUCUUCACUGUUCUUUUCUUAAAAUACUUCGGUUCGCGGUUUGGAACCUCAACUCCACUACAAUGAAACAUAUAAAUUAAUUAACGGUUUUCAUCGUUGAUCAAGAAACAAAAAAAAAUGAAAGUUGGAAGAUAGUUAAGGGUCAUUUACCUGCAGUAAAUGAGAACGAAUCAUGAUUAUAGCACUUCCAUUCUCUCUUCCUGGUAAAUAUUUAAUUGAUUCGUCUUCCGGAGAUUCUAUGUCAGCACCUCCAUUAAAAGAACCGUGUAGCAUUGAUAGAAAAUAUAUCGAAGAUUUUAACACUGCCCUUCUAUAUGUUUUUGUAAGUACUGUAUAUGUUUUGUGGGUUUGAUUAUAAUCCUCUAUCGAUGAAUGUGUUUAUAUAGAGAGAGACUUCAGUGCAAUUUUCUUAAAAUAAUGGUCAAUAUAUUAUAGGAAUAGAAUCAUUUAGUUUAGGAAGUCCCUAUAUUAUUGGUGAUACAAUAUAUUUUAAAAUAGCUAAAAAUAUAAAACUAAUAAUUGAUACUAAUCUCAUGAGCAAAAUCAUAACUACUAUAUAUGGUUUCAAGUUACUAUAAAAUAGGAACAACGAUAUUUAAUUUAAAUAUUCCUACAGUAUUUAAUGGUGUAGUUAAUACUUAAAUUGUUACCCAAGUUGAAAAUCGUGGAUUUUAAAACGUCUUGUCUAUGAUUGGUCGAAUAUAUAAUUGUAAUAUUUAAAAUUACAUCUAAAAAUGGCAGUGGCAUUCUAUUGUAAAUAACUUCAAAAAAUAAGGGUAGAAUCCUAGGGAUUCUACUUUAAUAGUAUAGAUUUGAGAACAUUCUAUUACAUAGCUUAUUGUGAAAGCUAAAUAGUUUAGUAAAGUCUAGCAUUUUAUUUAUCUUUUGUGUUUUCUCGAUUCAAAUAACAUAUUUUUGAGAUCAUUUCUCUGUUUAAUUCAUUAAAUACUCACUAAAUAUUUUAGAUGUCAGAGAAACGAAAUUAAUUGACAAUAUAUUUUCUCUCCUAAAAUCAUGCAUUUAAAACUUAAUAUUUAUGGUGAGACUUGUCAACCAAAAUUCUGGUGCAAUCUAUUCACGAGAUGUUCUCAUUUAGCUUUAUUAACAAGAUAUUCCAAAAAUAAUAUUACCUUAUAAGUAUAAGUUUUAUUGAGAAUUUAUUAAAGAAUAUUCUACUUCUUAGUUUAUCAUGUUUUUAUCAAAAGAAAACGUCAGUAGAUCAAAUUAAUUUUUACAUGUUCUUUCAGGCUUGAGUUUAUCAGAAGAUCAAAUUAAGAGUUUAUCUUUGGCGGAGAUUGAAUCAAUCAUGCGUUUGAACGGAAGCUCAUUUACAUUGUUUAAGUUUUGAAACGUGUUAUCAAUAGUAUACUCUUCUAUUGGUUAAGAUGUGGCUUUUGUUAGAUUUUCUAUUAAUUAAUUUUUUUGUUUUACUUUUGUGGAAUUCGUGAUAUUGUAAUGUUGUAAAUCAAUAAUAAAGACAUUUUUCUCACUAUUAAUAGGUGAGAGAGAUAGGGAGGGAGAGAGAGGGAGGGAGAGGGAGGGACGGAGAUAGAGAGGGAGGGAGAGGGAGGGAGGGAGGAGGGAGGAGGAGAGGGGAGAGAGAGAGAGAGAGAGGGAGAGAGAGGAGAGAGAGAGAGAUUAGUGUUUACGGUAUAUCCAAAAGUUUUGAGUUUAUUGUUUAUGAUUUAUCCAGUAAAGCCAAAGGGUUAGAGUAUACACAAGGGUUUAAGGUUUACCAAGAGUUUAGAGUUUAAAAAUUAAUGAAUGUAAUUUGUAUAUUUUACAAUAAAAAAAUAAAAACUAACAGCAAAGUAGAUUGCAUUAUAUCUUGAAUUAAAUAAUGUUAAGAAGAUUUAUAGUUUUCAACCACAAAUAAUGAAUCAUAACUAUGUGAUUAUUAUACAUAUAAUAUAUAUUAUGCAUAUACAUGUCAUUGUAUGUAAAAAUUAACUAACCAUGUAAAAUUAAACUAAUCAUAAUACUAAUAUCCGCAUAUGCGAUACAAUAUCCGCAGUCACUCCAUAGAGAGCUGGAUAUUUAAUCGCCGAGUUAAUAGUUUUGAUAAGCUGACAGAGUCUGAUUCGAAAAUCACCGACUGCAAUUCGUAUCUUCUCUCUGCUCAACCCAUUUCUAACAUUAUUUAUUCCAUCUUUAUUACAUAUUUUGAACUUUUUAUUCCAUAUUUUGAAUUUUUUAUGUCCUUCAUUACAUUCUGAAAUGGUAAAAGAGAGUUUCAAUGGGAAUGUAGUGAUAAUAUAAAAUAUGUUACCUCUGAAACUAUACACUAUUUAUUCCAGAUUUUGAAAAUAAAAUAUCUUCUUAAACAUAUAAAUUAUUUUGGAACGUUGCAAUUAUACAUACACAAUAAAUACCUCUUGAUACUGAAGUUACUUUGUUCCAUCUCGUCCAUGUAAAAUAUUGAGUACCAACAUUUUUUUGUACCUGAUGCUUUCUCCCAAGGGCGGUGGUAUUAUGAUAUAAAAUUCGUUACUUAUAAAACUAUGUACUACUUAGUUAAUAAUUUGAAUAUGUUUAUGUCCGCACAGGGUGCGGACCGGCCACCUAGUACAAAAUAAACCAAAAGUAAAAGAUCAUUGUAAUAAAUUGUCAAUAACGAAAAUAAACUAACACCAAAACACAUCAACUAAUUUUGGUUCCCUCUACCAUCGUUCAUUUCAUUUUCUUCAGGUGGCAUAGUGAAAUCUUCAUCAAAAUCUAAAAAUCAAAAAUAUAAAACUGAAAAGAGAAAACCUAACCUUUUUUUUUAAUCACCACCUAAUUUCUUAACUGGAAAUUUAUAAUAUAAAACAUAAUCUAAAAACAUAAUUAAAAACUAAAAAAAAAGAUGUUAAAGUUAUUUAUUGGUUCAACCGAUGGUUCGACCGGUAUCAGGUUCCGGGUUUUACUGGGUUUUUGCGGGUUUUUGCGGGUUUCUAAAUAUUGAGUUUUUCACAAAAUCCAAACCAGAUUUUUUCUGGGUCACCGGGUUUACCAGUUCAACUGCGGGUCUGGGUCGGGUUUCAAAAAAUGUUUAAAAUAGCUAGAUAACAUUUAAAACACUAAAAGUACUUAAAAUAUCAAUUAAUUAUUUGUCCAAAUAUUCAAACCAAAUCAAUUUAGAUGUUAAGUUUAGGUAUUUUGACAUACAUUAUUCAAAUUUAUAUGUAAUAUAUUAUUUUUAGUUUAAUUUUUUGAGAAAUUUAAAGUAUAUAUACAUUUAUAUUAUUUUUUUAAAUAUAAACGGAUUAUCCAAUCUAAACCAAAUAUGAAAAAAUCCAAAACGAACUUGAACUUAAACCAAAAUGAAUGAAUACCUAAAUGAAGCGGAAAUCUUUAAUUCCCAAACAGUAAUACACCCAAACUGAAUUCAAAUGGGUACGAGAAUAUAAACCUCUAGCUAUUCUCUCCUCCAGAUAUAAAGAUAUUGACACCACAUUCUCUCAGCUCGCCGCCGCUUCUAAAAAGAAGCUUAGCUCCGGUCUAGUGGUUUUGUCGGUGUCGGAGCCCGGAGGCUCCAAUCUUUUUCCUAUCUUUUUUUUGUCGAGAUGCUCGUUGUUCUAUGGCUGACAAAGCGUUAUCCGUUUUCGUUUCGACGGAAAAGAUCACAACUUUACAUGGAGCAAUGGCGAGACUCACGGCAUGAUGACGGUGAAGAGGGUCGGCGUUUAGGACUAAAUGGCUUCGUCAGAUUCAGUUUUCUUCAGAUAUGUGAAACUUCUUUUUCGGCGACAGCUCGAGUCACGUGGCAGAGCUCAACAUACCGUUACCGACGGCCAUGCUUUGGAUCCAAUUAAUGGUUAGAGAUCGGCACCCCUGAAGCGUUCUUUCGGUUUUGAGGCUGUAGCCAAAGUCCGCUUGUUUAGCCGGGCAUGUUUGUCCGUUUUAUGGCUAAGUUUCAUGACUUAGAAUCUGCUGAGACAUGAACAUAAGGCCAAUCUUUUGGACCUUUAUGUUGUGUUUGUGUUGAUAAUGUUGGUUUUGAAGGCAUACUUAUCUUUUGGAGAUAGAUAGACUAAUUAGGAAAUGGAACUCAUUUAGUGAAGGUUGUUGCCGUCUUUUUUUGUCCAUGUUCAAUUAUAGGUCUGAUGUCUUUUUGUAGGGAGUAUGAAAUUUUUAUUACCAGUCUUUUUUCUAGGGUAAUGUAUAUAAUGGUUGCUUGCCGUUGGUUUGUUUCUCCGAGUGUGAUACCGAAGAGGUUCAGUUGGCAAGGUUUCAUCUUCUUGGUGUGUUAGGAGAGCUUCUUUGUAAGGAAUUGGACGUUUUUGAUUACGUCACGUCAGUUUCCAAGGCGCAUGGACCGAGUAGCGGUUCUCCUUGUUGAGUUUUGAAGCUUCCGGUUCUUGGUCUUACCGUUCGGCGGGCGAAGAAACAACGAUAAGUCAUGAUUUGGGGGUAGAAGUGGAGGUUACUUAGUGGUGGGCUAUGGACAGCAGCGGUAACUCCCGAUUAUUGGCGUUUGCUUAGUUUUAAAGAUUGCUAGUAGUUAUGUUAUAUGCUCAUGGGUUUGUUAACUGUUUGUUUGGUUCUAGUAGUGGAAUAUAUUUUAUUUUAUCCUUAAAUCACCCGGUGUGGGUUUAAUCGUGUGGGUUCUAGUUGCCCCUUUCUAUGGAUUUUUGUUUAUGUGGAUAUUUCGUUUUGCUGUCAGUUCUAUAUAAAUAUUAGUAUUUUAAUUAUGAAUGAAUUUUAAAGUGGGGAAGGAAAAAAACUACUCUCUCCUCUUUUUAUUAGGGUGCAAGGCAUGUACUUGUUUUUUUACGUAUACUUGAUACUUGGUUUGCCUUGAACAAGUAAUGAAUUUUUUGUCUUGUAUUUGACUUGUCAGAAACGAGUACUUGUUAUUUCGAGUAGUUGUCCAAAAAUAUGUUAAUUGCAAGUUACUUGCCUUGUUCGAUUAUUUACUACUUACAAGUAUUUAUUUAUUACUUGGAUAUAUUUCCAAGUUUCUAAAAAUUAUUUGUUAGAUAAUAUUUUACGAGAGAAGGUUAUGAAAGUUUGUUUUAUUUACUCGAUUUGGUAAAAAUACUAGAAUUAUUUUAAAUAAAAUAU